ACACCAUAAAAAAUGGAACAUCCCCAUAACCCGAGGUGACCGGGCGGCGGCGGCGAGGGCGAGCCCGGGCAGGGUGUUCCCGCUCCCCUUCCCCCUGCCCGGGGCAUUUGGGGUGAAGCGGGAGCCGGGGGGCAGAGGAAGGGGCGAGGUGGCACCGCAGCUCAUGGAGGGGGUGGGGGCUGGCUGAGACCCCCUCCCAGCUCUGCUGUUAUUAAUGUGCUCGUUUGCUUCUGCGGGAGCUGUGUAGCUGGCCGGCGAUGGGAGCGGGUCGGGUUUUAUUCCAGGAGGGGUGAAAUUGUCUCACGAUCCCCAUGACGUCCCUGACGGUGCCGAUGUCUGUGCCGGAGGGGGAGGUUCCCCCCUUCUUCGCUUUUGGGGCAGCAGGACUCUGUCCUCUGCUUUGCCCUUAACACUGCCCUGGGGGGGGGCGAGCACAUUCGCCAAAGGCGGGCGGUUGGGUCUCGAGCUAAAAUUAAAAAAACACCAGAAGUGUUGGAUGCACCAGAAGCUUCAAAUGUUUUUUUAAGGUUAAAAAUGCUAAAAACGGGCAAGAGCAGAGUAUGCCAGGGGAAUAAAACCAGGGACUGUUCCUGGAACUGGGAAAUGCCCCCAUGCCCCCUCGCUUUCAAGGCUCGGCAGUUCCCAGCUCCAAAAUCGGAUGCUGAUCCCCGUCCAUGCUCGCUUGGAAGUGCCAGGGGCCCACGCAGGGCCUGAUCCUGUGGCGGAGGGCGGGUGCAUAGCGCAGCACUGCUCCUCUCUGCAGCUCGUCCUGCCCUGAACCCGCUACGGGAUUAAGGCCAAAGUCGCAGGGGGCAGAGGUCCCCUGGGAGGAGCGGCAAGAGCCGAUCUGCGGAGAUAAGGAGGGUGGUGGAUGUUGCUGGGGCUCCCGCCGUUCCUCCCCGGGCCUCUUCUGGGCGGAAGGAUCCCGAGGGUGGCUGGAGGUAUCGCCAGAGGGGGAGAAAGCGUCGAGCUUUGGGGGAUAAACUGCCCCGGGAAAUCAUUCUCAAGGCUUUGCAUAAUGUUAGGAAGUGCGGCCACUUUUCUUUUAUUUUGGAGGGAGUCCCUUUUUUGCAGAAGGUGGACGGACGCGCUCCCGGGAAGCAGCCGCCGGGGCGUUGGUAUGGCCAGCCCCCGGCCUCCCAAAUACCUCCUCAUCUUCGAUUUCGACGAGACCAUCAUCAACGAGAACAGCGAUGACUCCAUCGUGCGGGCAGCGCCGGGGCAGGCGCUCCCAGAGCACAUCCGACAGACCUUCCGCGAGGGCUUCUACAACGAGUACAUGCAGCGCGUCCUGGCGUACAUGGGGGACCAGGGGGUCAAGAUGGGGGACUUCAAGACUGUCUACGAGACCAUCCCCCUGUCCCCCGGCAUGCCAGACCUCUUCCAGUUCCUCUCCAAGAACCACGAGCUCUUUGAGAUCAUCCUCAUCUCCGAUGCCAACAUGUUUGGCAUCGAAUGCAAACUGAGGGCGGCCGGUUUCUACUCCCUCUUCCGCAAGGUCUUCAGCAACCCAUCCGGCUUUGACAAGAAGGGGUACUUCACCUUGGGGCCCUACCACAGCCACAAGUGCCUUGACUGCCCGGCCAACAUGUGCAAACGCAAAAUCCUCACGGAGUACCUGGCAGAGAGAGCCCAAGAGGAGGUGGAGUUCGAGAGGGUCUUCUACGUGGGAGAUGGGGCCAACGACUUCUGUCCUUCCGUGACGUUGACUUCAGCUGAUGUGGCUUUCCCGCGGAAGGGCUACCCCAUGCACCGGAUGACCCAAGAGAUGGAGAAGCAGCAGCCUGGAGCCUUCCAGGCCACUGUUGUCCCCUGGGAGUCGGCUGCAGAGGUCGCCCGCUAUCUCCAGGAGCUCCUCAAGAAGAAGUGUUGAGGGUGGCUCAAGAGCCUUGCGCACCGUAAGCGGUUGGGGAAGGAGAGGCUGGGGGAUCACUGCCUGUACCCCCGCUCGUCGGCGCUGCUCGCUCAGCCCCGCUCCUGGGUUGCUUUCCUGCCUUUCCUCUCCCAGCUCCUUCCUCCCCGGUGAUUAAAGCACUUUCUCCAGGCCCCCCCCUUCUCCCUCCCCUGCCAUGUUGAGAUGAAGUCUUCUCUAUGCAGCUCGGCCACCUCCCCGGCACGGGUGUUUGCCAACACUAAUGGUGAUUUUUCUGGUUGGUUUUGGUGGGUUGUUUUUUUUUUUUUCCUUUUGACUUCACAAG